CAGUAUUAUGUAUACCAGCCAUGUGUUUAUACAUAUCAUUAAUAUAUAAGUUCGUGGAUGUGAAAAGAGGGCAUCUGUCUCCCAAACUCUAAAGUUGUGUAAUGUUUUCAUGCUUGGAUUUGUAAACUACGAUAAAAAUAAAUACAGAAAAAUACUAACAUAGACAAAUUGAAACAAAACACGCGGGUGAAAAGAAUCCCGUGGUGUGAGGAAUCAAUUGUAAUAAAUCAACAUCGAACAACGUGCGUCAGAGGCAACCGUGAAUUGAACCACGAAGUCGCAGACAACAGUGAAGCGAACCACAACACAGCAUCCUGUUGUCAUGGUAACAAGCUGCUAAUGCCACGCUGUCUGUUGAUUGGCUAAAAUUACCCAACUAUAAUUAAUUCCAAAUAACAUCAGAUUCUUUGAUUUACGAGAUAAAGUAAUUGGUUGAUCGUAAUCAAAAAUCAGAGUUGUAUCGAUACACCAAAAAUGAAAGCAAUCUAAGCAAAAUUAGGCGAAAAGUGAAACUAAAACAAAUUUUGAAAUAAAAUCUUACUCAAAAGUAGUCAAAGAAAAGUGAACCCUUCUGAAAGAGGUUUUAGAAUGUUCUGAAAACAUUCAUCCCCUGUUUUCCCAUAUUUUUCCCUCCAAAGAAACUCAGUUGAAUGUUACUGGAAAAAUGCAAAACGCAGAUUCAACAGUGUGAUGGGAGUACAGAAAAUUUACACAUAUUCAAACAUGUAGAGGCUUUCUUUUUUAAUCGUGCGUGUUUGUGCGGGUGCGCGCGUCGGGUCCCAUGGAAAAAAAAAAGGGCCGAAAACAAUCGCAUUAAUUAAAACUUUUGACUUCAAAAUUUCGUGAUUGCGGGUCCUGAUGAUUCGGCCCGGAAAUGUUUUUAAUUUACUCUCGGAGUCGGCCUGUUGGGCUACAGUGUCUAGGAAUAAAGUUGAAAAGGUGUGACACACUGACAUUCGCAGUUUUUUUUAUCUCCAUGUAUCGAAAUAUAUAUGAAUAGAAUGUCUUCAUUUAAAUUUUAUUUGAAUUAAUUUAAUACAUCCAUGUGUUUAUUGAUUGUAAAAGUACAUGGAUAGAACAACGCAUCCCGUCCAAGCACGUCUUAUGAAUCACUGGAAACACGAUUCCGUUUAUUUGGAUGUUAAUUAUUAACAAUCGAAGUUUCGAUCUUCUCAAAAUUGAUAGAAAAUACUUUUGAGACUUUCAAGAAUUGUUGCUGCUAUUUCCUCAUGCGCAUGCGCAAACAUGUUGCCUUGCUUCACAUCCAUUAGAAUCGCGCAGCGAACGUCUUGGCUUUCAUUGUAAUCGCGUUCAUCGAUAAAUUUCUUUACAUGGUAUGAAGCCUAUAUUCAUGAACAUCAAAUGAGAUUGACAGAACAGAAUUGUUAACUUCAGACACAUCAUCAUUAUUAUUUAUCUUCUAAAAGACUAAGAAGGAAGAUGUUAUACAGAACAGAUAUAACCUUGUUUGCAUAAAUCUAUGUUGAAUUUUUGCGAACUGUGAUUAAUCUGUUGGAAGAAGAACAUUUCUAAAAAAAUUUUAUUUAUGUGAAAAACCUAAAGAAAUUCAAAGGAGUCAUUCUUUUCUUAAAGGCAUGCCAAAAGUGUUAGAAAAAUCCUACAACUGUGAUAUGUGUAAAAGGUCAUUUUGUAAGGCCAUUACACUCACUACUCACAAAUGUAUUAAUUCCCAUCACUGUGAUGUCUGUGGUAAAUCAUUUUCUCGUGCAGAUAGUUUAGCUUCACACAGAUUUACUCAUACAAGAGAAAAGCCACAUAGCUGUGGAAUUUGUGGUAAAUCAUUUUCUCAUAAACAUCAUUUAGUUAGACAUAACUAUGUUCAUACAGGAGAGAAACCAUAUCACUGUAAUAUCUGUGGUAACUCAUUCUCCGAUGGAAGUACCUUAACUAAACACAAACGUAUUCAUACAGGGGAGAAACCAUAUCGCUGUGAAAACUGUGGCAUAUCAUUCUCUCAGAUUAUUCACUUAACAAGACACAUAAAAAGUCACACAGGAGAAAAACCAUACAAAUGUGAUUUCUGUGAUAAAUCGUUCUCUCAAACAUAUAUUUUAGCUAAACAUAUACGGACCCAUACUGGAGAAAAGCCAUAUCACUGUGAUAUCUGUGGUAAAUCAUUCUCUGAUAAAUGUGUCUUACGUAAUCACAAACAAAUUCAUGUGGGAGAGAAACCAUAUCGCUGUGAUAUCUGUGGUAAAUCAUUCUUUGUAAGUAGUUGCUUAACCAAUCACUUACGCAGUCAUACAGGAGAGAAGCCAUACAGAUGUGAUAUCUGUGGUAAAUCAUUUUCUGUAAAGGGUAAUUUAACUAGUCACAUACGCGUUCACACAGGAGAGAAACCAUUUCAUUGUGAUAUCUGUGGCAAAUCAUGCUCUGUAGAAAGUAACUUAAAACAACACAAACGUAUUCAUUCGGGGGAGAAACCAUAUCCCUGUGAUAUCUGUGGUAAAUCAUUCUCUCAGAUUAUUCACUUAACUAGACACAAAUGCAUUCAUAUAAGAAAGAACUGAUAUUAUUGAGAAAUCUUUGUUGCUUAACUGUCCGUGCAUGGCUUUUCUCUUGUAUGUUGUUAGGAAAGGAAUUCAGUUUUAAAAAUCAUGCCAAGACAGACAGUGCUGCUUAGUACAGUCCCAGCAUGAAAGAUGCACAUUAAAUUAUGAUGAAAAUAACCAUUAAUUCUUUACGUUAUGAGUUCAAAUUUCUACUGAGGUUACCUUUGCCUUUCAUCCGUUUGGAGUCAGCAAAAUAAUUACCAUUGGAAGAGAGGGUGGGGUCCGAUGUAAUCAUCUUCACACCUCCCCCGAAAUUCCUGGCCUUGUGCCAAAACUUGAAACAAGCAUGACAACUCAUUCUCUGACACUUAUCUAAUAUAAAUUUAAAUAUAUUCUCACUGGAAAAAAAAAAAUGUACAAUGGUGAUAAGAACCUUCAAGAACUACAUUUUCUCUCCGUUUAUCUAGAACUGAGUUAAUUUAUCACUACUACUUUUUGAUAAAAAUAAAACAUUCUUUUAUCAUA